AUGGCUGAAACAGCGAGAAUGAUAGCAACAGCGAUGCUGGUGAUGAUGGUAGUGGCAACUUCAAUGUAUUUGGCUCACACUUAUUCUGAAUCUGAUGCUGGCUUCGUCCUCAAUACCAUCUCUUCCCACAACAUCGUCAUCUUCUCCAAAUCCUAUUGCCCGCAUUGUAGGAGAGCAAAAGCUGUUUUCAAACAGUUGAAGCAAACACCAUAUAUUGUUGAGCUUGAUGAAAGAGAUGAUGGAUGGAAAAUUCAAAGCAAACUGGGCAAAAUUGUUGGGAGCCAUAUCGUGCCACAGGUAUUCAUCAAUGGAAGGCAUAUUGGAGGUUCUGAUGAAACUAUUGUGGCCUAUGGGACUGGACAAUUGGCUAGGCUUCUGGGAAUUGAGCCCAUUGAUCGUUCAUGUCGAUCAUGA